AUGGGAACUUUCGAGCCCUCAAUCUGUGAAGCCGGAUAUUUUUGUCCUCCGGGAGGAAAAGAACAAAUACCAUGUCCCAAGGGAUCUUAUUGUCGCCAAGGAUCAUAUGAAGCAACCAAAUGUGCAAUUGGCUCGAGAUGCCCGGAGAAAAGUAUCAGAGAUAUGAACGUUACUCCUUUGGCUGUCUUGAUAAUUGUGGAUGUGUUUAUGGUGCUUGUGGCACUUGGCAUAACUUUGAAGAGGAAAUUCAGUAGUAGGGUUAAGAAUAGCUCGAAGGAGAAGAGAUCGAAUAGGACCACAUACACAAAACCUGGCAUGUUUCGAGGAAAAGAAUAUUCUCAAAUCCAUGACGAGCAACUACAAUUAGCGCGAGAGCAAAGUGAUAUUGCUAUGGAAGAGAGGAUCAUGAAUCUUCAAAGGAGACCUACAGGAUUCGAGGAGUUGGGUAACAUGGAUGACGAAUUUGCAUAUGACGGUGAAGAUGCGGGAGAAGAGCAAGUCAUGAACACUGAUUUGCAAUUAUUUGUGCAAUCUUUGUCGAAAUGCUUUGGAGGAUCUAAAUUUGGAUUAUCAUUCGAAUUCGAGGAUUUGAAAUUUCAUCCACCAAAGGCAAAGAAACCAAUUCUCUCACAAGUUUCAGGUUUGAUUGAUGCUGGGACUACCUUUGUAAAUGUGCUUAUGGGUAAAACGAAAAAUACUGGAGGAGUUACCAAAGUCAAUGGAGUUGCUGGUGACAUCUCAAAGUACAAGAAAAUCAUUGGAUAUGUUCCCCAAGACGAUAUCGUUCUACCUGAGCUUACUGUUCGGGAAAAUAUCCUUCAUUCUGCUCGAAUCAGAUUACCAUGCACAUGGAAGGAGGGCGAAAUUCAGCACCAUGUUGAUGUUUUACUUGCUUGUCUUCAGCUUUCCCACGUAAAAGAUUCUUUGGUAGGUAGUACUGCUGCUCCUGUCAUUUCAGGUGGUCAAAGAAAAAGAGUUAGUAUUGGUAUGGAGUUAGCAGCUGCACCUAUGGCUCUUUUCCUUGACGAACCUACUUCCGGUCUAGACGCCACAGCUGCCAAUUCUAUCAUGAAAACACUCAAAGCUCUCUCGCGACUUGGUAUGACAAUUGUAACUAUUAUUCAUCAACCACGCCAAGAAAUUUUUGAGUCUCUUGACAGUCUCGUACUUCUCGGUGCCGGACGAAUGAUUUACCUAGGACCUCAAGUAGGUGUAAAGCCCCACUUCGAAAGUCUUGGUUUCAAAUUCCCCGAACAUGGAAAUCCUUCUGAUGUCAUGGGUGAUAUCAUUGCCGGUGAAGGACGUCUUUACAAACCUGUUGGAGAUGCUAGUAUCCAACCUCUUAUCGAACAUUGGCAAAAUCAUCCCGAAGACCCAUUCAAGGAUGUCAAAGGUCCUGGUGUUUCAGUGGCCGAAUCAAACGCUCUUGCUUCAACAAUCAAAUCUCGUGGUACAUACUGGUAUCGACAAAUUUGGUUCUGUUUUCAACGUUCUGUGCUUCAACAAUAUCGUAUGAAAUCAUCCUUUUUCUUCGAGCUUGGUGUCGGCGCCAUUUCAGGUUUCUUGAUCGGUCUCGCAGAACUCAACCAGAAGGGUGAUAAUUUCCGUGGUAUAUUCAUCGAACCAUAUGAGAUGCUCUCUUCUUCAAUUGAUUACAGCUCAGUUCCCCAAAUGGCACUUCUCGUUGGUCUCGCUAUUGGUCUCACAGCAUCCGCACCAGGAGUAAAAGUCUUUGGUGAGGAAAAAUUGGUUUACUGGAGAGAAGCUGCCGCUGGACAUAAUCGCUUCGCUUACUAUGUCGGAAAAGUCAUCUCGACCAUUCCUCGUAUGGUUCUUGCAAACUUCCACUUCACAGUUUUCUUCGCUUUAAUGACAACUCCAAUAAUCAGCUGGAUUGACAUUUUCGCGGCUAACCUCCUUUAUUUCUGGUGUAUAUACGGUCUCGCAUCCUGCGUCAGCAUGAUUACUCGUCGAGAAGAUGGGCCCCUUCUAGCAGUCAUGUCAUCUCUCAUCGUUGGUGUCCUCAAUGGUAUGUCGCCCAGUCUAAAGAAAGUCAGGGGUUGGCAUAUGGCAUGGCUCUGGAGAGCAAGUCCAGGUACAUGGUUGGCCGAAGGAUAUUUUACGCAGAAUAUUAGUCCCAUGGAGUAUCUAUAUGAUAUCGAAACGGCAAAGGAUGCGGUAGGAUAUCGAUUAGGUCAUUUUCAACAGGAUAUGUUGAUGCUUUUAGCAUUGGGGGCGAUCUAUAGAGUUGUUGCGUUUGUGGGGUUGAGGGGAAGAGAUACCAAGUAG